UUAUUUGAACUAGCCUUAUGUUUAUCAAAUGACCUUCCACCCAUCGUGUAGCAUACAUAACAUCAGAGCCGUGGGGCGUACGCGGCUCCGGCAUGCUCUUGAGCCUUUGAAUCCUACAGUGACAAUAACGGCUAGUUUUCUACAGUCUUGAGAGAAGGAAAACUAUCACAAGGAGAGCGACGUCCCAAGCUUUUUAGAAAAUGUCGUCUGCUCAAAAAAUCACAGACGACAUUUUCAAGAUGGCGGUGAAUGGACUGCGACAUAAAACCCCAGUGGUCCUGCUGGCCUGUGGUUCCUUCAACCCCAUCACCAACAUGCACCUCCGUAUGUUUGAAAUUGCAAAAGAUUUCUUGGAAAAGUCGGGAAAGUACAUUGUCAUCCAAGGCAUCAUCUCUCCUGUUAAUGAUGGAUAUGCCAAACAGGGUCUUCUCCCUGCCAACCAUCGUCUAGCUAUGUGCAACCUGGCAGUACAGUCUUCAGAUUGGAUCAGAGUUGACCCCUGGGAGAGCCAACAGGACCAGUGGUUACAGACAGUCAAGGUCAUGAGACAUCACAAGGCCAAGCUGGAGGAGCAGCAGCACGGGCUCAUGGAGACCCCCAGCAAAGCCAAGAAACGCAAACUCAACACACGGACACGCAGCUGCAGCCAGAGUAGUGUGGAGGACAUUGCAAAUGAAAAUGAGGUGGAAGAGAUCAACUCAAGGAAUAAUGCAGGGUAUAUAGAGUUGAAGCUGUUAUGUGGGUCAGAUCUUCUGGAGUCGUUCGGGACACAUGGUCUGUGGAGAGAUGCCGAUAUCCGAGAAAUUGUUGGCAAGUUUGGGAUUGUUUGCGUGUCCAGAGCUGGCACCAACCCACAGAAGUUUGUGUAUGAGUCAGACGUGCUGUCCGAGUACGAGAACAACAUCCUGAUUGUGACUGAGUGGAUCCAGAAUGAGAUCAGCUCCACCAGGAUCAGACGAGCCUUGAGGCGACACCAGAGUGUGAAGUACCUGAUUCCAGAUCCAGUCAUUGAUUACAUCAAGAAAAAUGGUCUCUUCACAAACGACAAUGAUAUCUUGAUCAGAAGUGCAUCCAAGUAUGAGACCAGCCUGUAGCUGUGAAGUCUACCCACUGGCUUUACAACACUAGGAUCAAGUAUAGACAUAAAGGUUGCAUCUAUCCAUAGCACUACUGCAUGAAUUCUACUUGCCAGUGCUGUAUAUCAAUACUGUUAGGGGGCAUGCUUACCAAAUGUGUAGCGUUUCCAUAAUACACAAACAGAAUUUCUUGAGUCAUAAAUCUCUCUUACAUUCAUUUGUACAAAUGUACCUUUCCUUAAGGUCUGUUAUUUUCUGGCCUCAAAAAAUUAUUUUCAGAUGGAUAAGUCGAGUUUUGUCCUAAAUGGAAAAGAAAGACUUUUGACAUCCAACUUAUAUCGACUCUACAAGUUUGUUCCUAUACUUUCUGAUAAACAAUUAGAAUACUUUUCUGCCUUCUCAUAUUUUGUUCUGUAGUUAGUAGACUAGAGAAUACUACUAGUUUUCAAACAAGGCACAGUAGGUACAAGUACAUGUAAGUGCAAGUACAUGUAAAAUUACCAUGUAGCGUGUAUGCUGCUCCUGAUUAUAGUAGUUUCAAGUGGAAAAAAAUCAUAUGUGCAAUAUACUAGUAUUACGCAAGAUUCUCUACAAAUCUGUGGCAAAAUGUAUUUAUAUACAAACAUACAAGUUCAUAUAUGUAAUAACUAAAGGUAUGCAUGUACAUCUGUGAUACAAAGAUAAAGGCAAGUCAAGCUCAUCUACAUCUACAAAAAAUAGCAACACUGGAAAUCAUACACAUUACCAGUGUCAUGUUUGUCAGAACAACAUGUACAAUUGCUCCAAGCUACUUAUUUGUUAAUUGUUGCCAAAUCUGGAAACUUUUGCCUUUCACAGUUUCUUGUAGUUGAAGUAUACAAAUGUAUGCAGUAGAACUAAAAAUGACGUGGAUGUCUGUGUUGGCUGUAUCAUAACCUCCUUGCCUGCAUUAAUAACAUAGAUG